AUGAAUCUGUUCAGGUGCUUGGUAGAGGCUAUUGCUUCUGCGUUUCGUCCUCCCCAUCAGACAAAACGAGGCUCAGCCCAUGUGGAAACACUCCAGCCAUCCUCGACCAGUCAAACACAACCCGUUCCUGGCUUCAGUUCAAUCGCCCAAAUUGUCAGAGAGCCAAACGGCAGUCUUGUCGAGUCUUCCGCAGUGACCUUACCCAAGCCUAGACGAGCACAGACGCUUCCUCAAAUAAAGGUUUCCACGACACAGGACUUUGGUGCCUCAAUGGGAGGAGCUCCGUCCUCUGCCUCCUCGAAUGGCCUGUCACCAUCACAUUCGCUGUCCUCGAAAGGGAACUCAGAGACCACUCUGUCCCUCAGUCAUGAUGGAACGACAUUGCACACAGGGCUAAGUCGUUCCAGCAGCAAGAGCUCGACCUUUCGUAUGUCGCACAAGUUGAAGGAGAAAUUACGUUGCGCGCGGGUGGAGUGCGACAGCUUCAAAUUCUAUAUCCCGAGACAGGACCUAGAAGACUUAAUCACGGAGGCAACCGUCACAAGGAUCCUUGAAGAUCAAGGAUAUGAUACUCAAACUGCGGCAUCAAACGCCAGCAUAACCUGUGCCUGUGCAAAAUCGCUCUUCGCCACUCUCGUGUACCUGGACAAAGGGAGAGAAAUCCCGAAGUUCCUCAAGGAAGGUAUCUCUGACGCCGACCAUCUCCCAUUCAUACGACCAUCCCAAGAUACAUCAUUCCCACUGCAGACGAAAACCGGGUUACCGAUCAAAACCUUGGGGUCAUGGACGCCUGAUAAGCGGGAAGAAUUCUACCGCACUCAGUGGUGGAUGACAGCGCCGGUCUUUGAAUAUCUCGAGCAUUAUGUCCUCGACGACAACGAUGUGUUGCCCUUUGUUCCUCUAACCCCCGACGAAGAAGAAAAGUAUCGACGCGAUCGAGGGGGAUACGGUCAGGUAUAUCCCGCACGGAUUCAUCCCGCACACCACAAUUUACCGAUGCCCGUCAAUAGCGAGGGCGGGCCCCUCGUGGCCAUCAAAAAACUGUCCUCCUCAGACGAGAAGCAAUUCAAACAGGAAGCGGACAUCUUGAAACACGUGGGACGUAGCAAUGAUCUCCACCUCAUCAAGCUUCUCGCUACAUUUAAGCAAGGAGAACACUAUCACCUGGUCUUCCCUUUUGCCGAUUCAAACCUCCAGACCUACUGGGACGACCGAGAACUGCCGGAGUUUAACAAAGAGACCGUCCUCUGGUCGCUCGAACAGAUGGCGGGCAUGGCGAGUGGGCUCGCGCGGAUUCACACCUUCGAGGUGACCAUCCCGCUCUCUGUUGAGGGGAAUGUCCGUGUGCAGCAGGAUGCCAGAUUGCAGGUGAAGGACAAAGAAAAGCGAUAUGGACGUCACGGAGACAUCAAGCCAGAGAAUAUCAUGUGGUUCCAGCAAAUGACGGGCGUGGAAGAUGCCAACGGAGUUCUACAGAUUGCAGACCUAGGAUUGGGACGUUUCCAUGGUCGAGAGUCGAGAUCCGUAAGCGACCCGAAGGGCAUUGCGACCUCCCCGACGUACGAACCACCUGAAUGCAAGGUCCGCAGACCGGUUUCUCGCGCAUACGAUCUCUGGAGCCUCGGCUGUGUGUAUCUAGAAUUCGUCACAUGGCUUCUCCUCGGGUCCAAGGGUAUUCAGUCGUUUGCCAAUAAUCGGGGCAAGCACAACCCGCAGACCGGCAUCAGCGAGGACAACUUCUUUAAGAUCCUUGGCCCUGAUGAGGCGGAGGUCGCAGAAGGUGUUGUGACAUGGGUGGAAAAGCUGCACAGUCAUGAACGGUGUUCCCAGGUAAUCCACGACUUGCUGGACGUGAUCAUGAAAGACUUGAUCGUCAUCGAUUCAGAGAACCGCAUCCCAUCAACCCUGUUGUCCCAGGAAGUGAAGUCGUUGUUGGACAAAGCUAGGAAAGACGAGCAGUACUUGUUGAAAGGCGUGCCACGACCUCAGACUGGAGCGCCGUCUGAUCUGCGCCCUCAGUCGACCACAUCCUCGCCGUCUGGUCGAAACGUCCGAUUUGCUGAGGAAACGGCCGUGCAAUCGGACUAA